AUGGACGAAGACGGCCCCAACUUUUCCUACGCCUACGGUGGCGCGCCUCCCACCCCCUCCACAGCCUCGAACGCAUCAUGGAAUCCCGCACUGCGCAACGAGAAGGAAGCGAGUGCACCACCUAGCGCGAAACCCACGAAUCAGUUCGCACAAACCAAACCAGAGUCGUCAGAGGAAGACGACGAGGAAGAGGAUGACAGUGAGGAAGCGGAUGAGGAGGAGGACGACGAUGAAGAAUCGGAAGAGGAGAGCGAGGACGAAGAGACUCCUUCAAGGCCUGCAGUAGCUGCACCCCUCGCACCGGUACCGGCAGCCAAGCCCGCGCCCGAAGUAGCAGAGACCGAUGAGUCUACUGCGCCCGACGACACUAUACAAGCGCCACCAAGCGCAGAAGCACCUCAAUAUCUCGAGCCCCUGGAGGGUGGAGCAGACGGUGCCGACGAUGAAGAUCUCGCCAGUGCCACGCAGGCACUCAAUAUUACCGAAUCACAAGCGACACCAGCAAAAGCCGAAUCAAGUGAGGAGGAAGACUCUGACUCUGAAGAUGAGAGCGAAGACUCGCGACCUGCAGUGCAGAUACAACGGGAAGAAAGCUCAGAAGAAAGUUCAGAAGAAGAGGCGGAACCCGAACAGCAUCCCGAGGAGAACUACGAGCACCAAGGAGAGACCACAGCUCUGGAGGAUGCUAUGACGGAUAGUGUCAAAGUGCCUUUGGUAGCAGACACGGAGGCUGAUGAAUGGGGCGCGUCCGGCGACGACCCCUUCGAUCUUGGUGGGAAACCACAAGAACCUCCUCUGGAGACACCCGUGGCGGAGGCUGUUGGGACGACCGUCGGAGACGACACUAUCGGAAAUACCACAGUAGGCGGAAACACCGGAGCCGACAUCGACUGGGGCAAUUCGGAAGAGCAGGAAGAUUUCUUUGGUUUGGGCGCGAGCCAGCAGAUCGAACCUGCGCAGGCGGUAGACCAAAGUCCUGGCGCGCAUGUGGUACAGGCCGAAACAAAAGCUCCCGAGAAGAACGAGUGGGAUCUGGAUCUUGACCUGGACGACGACUUCUUGCCUGACCAAGAAGAAGCACCCGUCAUUGAGUUGAGCGACGACGAAGGCUUCCUCGAAGAUGAAGCGCCAGCACCCGCACAGCAACCAACGCAAGCCGCUCCUUCAGGAACCGCAAGCCGAUAUGCUCCCCAAACUCCUGCAGUCGCACCUACGCCUGCCCCAGCGGCGAACCCGUAUGCCCCUCAGUCGCAGCCCGCGGUGGCACCAGCUUAUGAUGGCUUUGGACGGAAUAUGGCUUUCCAGCAGCAACAGCAGCAGCAACCACCUCGACCACCAAUGGCGAGUUCAGCGCAAAGCUUCGUAGACAAGUCCAAAGGAGGUUAUGCUUCGCCAUAUGAUCUGCCGGAAGAUAUCGUAACUACCCGAAAGCGACCAGCUCCUCGAACAACAGUGUCUGCUAUACAGCCAACCCCACCACCCCCGCGAACUAGCAGUAUGUCUUCGAACGCGGGGCCUCCGCGGCCGCCAUUGUCGUCGAGCAUGUCAGUUGCUAGUCUGUCUCCACCCUCAUCAGGCCACUCCAUGCGGUCUCAGAUGACCGGCAUGCCACCACCGGCCGCACCUCCAAAACCCGCGGUCACAGCAAAAUCACCAUCGAGUGACUUCUUCGCCGAACUGCCUGUUACUUCCAAGCCUCGCCCAUCUGGACGCUACACCCCGCAACCGAAUAUGCCUGUUCAACCUCCAGUCAGCCAUCCUCCCCCGCAACUUCCUCCAAAGGAGCGCACCGCUUCAACCUCGUCCUUACGGAAUGAGUUCAUCCCAGAUGCCGCCAAAGUCGCUACUCCUCCUCCCUUCAGACAACCAGAACAAUUGGCCAUGUUCCCUACCCAGCCAUCGGUACCUGCGCGAACAAACAGCCUUCCCGUUCCUCAGCCAGUGCAAGCGCCUCCUUCCACGAGCAGAUACUCUCCCGCUCCGCCUCCGUCAGGACCAGCUGCCAAUUCACGGUACUCUCCUGCGCCCCCAAGUGCACCAGCGGCGAACCCGCGAUACUCGCCCGCGCCUCCGCCAGGACAGCCUCAUGCUCGUUAUCAGUCCGAGCCGCAUAACAACUUGACCCGGACUCCUUCACAGCCUUUCGCGCCCCGUACUUCCAGCCCGCUAGCCUUUCAUAGCAUGCCCCAUCAGCAGGAGCAAGCCCCCGAGAACAAUGCUCAAUAUCCUCCAAACCAUCAGGUCACGCAAUCGGCUGAUGGAAUGCCCCGUCCACCAUUCAGAAGCCCACUGGGUGAGGUUAGCGAGAUUGAAGAGCAGGAGCCAAUUCUGAGUUCGAGGCCGCCUACUGGACGAUCAGAGACGCCACCUCUAAGAAGUACACCUUCAUCAGCAGUCGGCUCACCACGGAAGACCGAUGGCUAUGCACCAAGAUACCAGCCGGCCCAGCCGGCCGUCCCACAACGCUCUCAUUCACAAUCUCCAACAGCGACUAUGAAGCAGCCUGCAUACAGUAUGAUGCCUUCGUCUUCAGUCUACGGCGGCCGGCCUACUACUUCAAGCUCGGUCAACGUCAUCCCCCAUCGUCGACAGGCGUCAGUCAACUACGACUUCAUUGUCCCCGAAGACGAGCGCUCGGCAGACCCACUCGAAAGAUGGAAGGGUCAUCCUGUGUUCACAUGGGGCCUAGGAGGCAAUGUUGUCACGAGCUUCCCUAAGCAGAUUCCUCGCUACGGAGGUGGCGGAUCAGCGCCGAUGAUAAAGAGUAGCCCUGGUGAGAUUCGCAUCCAGAGUGUCAAGGAGGUUCUCCCUCUGCCAGAAGACGUUGCCAAGUUCCCUGGUCCCCUCAAGGCCAAGGGCAAGAAGAAGGAUGUGUCAGCAUGGCUUGGCCGUAAAAUCGAAGCACUUGAGAACCAGUCUAAAGAGCCAGGACUCGAACACACUAUGAACGAAGACGAGUUGAAGCGCGUGGAUGAUCGCAUCCUCCUUUGGAAACUCAUGCAAGCAUUGGUCGAUAAUGAUGGCAAAUUGGAGGGUACUCCUGCAGAAGCCGCUGUCAAGAAGCUGCUACUACCUCCAGGUGACGAGACAUCUGACGAAGCCGGUUCAUAUUCGACGGCAGCGGACAUUGUCGGACGCUCAAGAUCCAACACCUCCAACCUCCAGGCAGAGCCCAUCGAUCCCCGCGCUGUUGAAGAUCUGCAGGGCAUGCUUGUCAAGGGUGAUCGCGAGAAGGCUGUCUGGCAUGCUGUUGACCAGCGCUUAUGGGGCCAUGCGAUGCUGCUGUCUUCUACUCUCAGCAAGGACAUAUGGAAGCAGGUUGUCCAAGAAUUCGUUCGAAAAGAAGUCAAGAAGGCUGGACGCAACAACCAGGCGCUGGCUGUAUUGUACGAAGUCUUUGCUGGUAACCACGAGGACUGUAUUGACGAACUGGUACCUGCUUCGGCUCGUGCCGGAUUCCAGAUGGUGAGCGCUGAUGGUGUUGGCGCAACCCAGAACGCACUCCAGGGUCUAGACAAGUGGCGGGAGACAGUUGCGCUGAUUCUGAAUAACCGUAGCGAAGGUGACGCAUCAGCGCUACUCUCACUUGGAAGGCUUCUGGCUCAAUACGGUCGCAUUGAAGCUGCACAUGUGUGCUUGAUCAUCGCGCGUUCGGUUCUGAAAGUCAGCGGAGUCGAUGACCCGCAGGCUGAUCUUGUUCUGAUCAGCGCUGACCAUCGUCUCAACCCUCUGGAGAUGGGUGUCGAGAUGGAGCCAAUAUUGCUGACCGAGGUAUACGAAUUCGCGCUAUCGCUGUCAUCUCCCAGCGGCUCGUAUGUCAUUCCUCAUUUGCAAAACUACAAACUUGCACAUGCAUAUCAACUCGCCGAGAAUGGGUACCGGACAGACGCACAGGCAUAUUGCGAUGCCAUUGCAGCGGCAAUGAAGGCUACAACUCAGACCUCGCUAUACUACAACGCUGCUUUCAUCGCCAGUCUUGACGAUCUGAGCAAGCGACUGUCGCAGUCUCCGAAGGAUGGAUCGUCAUCGUGGAUCUCGAAGCCUAGCAUGGACAAGGUUGGAAGCUCGCUUCUAUCAAAGUUCAACAGCUUCAUUGCAGGAGACGACGAGGACAACACAGCCAACAAGUCUGGUGGGCCAGACGGACCUUUCGCUAAGAUCGCUGGUAAUAGCCCAUCCCUCACGCCCUCACAAUCGAGCACUGAUCUCUACGGCGCAAUGUCUGGCUAUGGCGCUCCAACGCAACCACCUGUUCCCGGCAACUCAAGCCCAACUCAAAAUCAACUGAGCCCACCGAGUGCACGCACGGCAGCCAAGGCACAGUCGUACUCACCCCUUCGUCCGGAGUACAGCCCAGCUCAGCCAUCCUUCGGUAGUCCUUAUAUGCCCACACCACCUGUCGGAGAGCCUUCUCUGGCCCCUGCAUUUGGUGGCUAUCAGCCUCAAGCGAACUCAGAUGAGCCGACAGCAAACGAGCUCACCUACGAUCGAUACGGACCUUCGUCAUCCACCUUUGAGCCUCCAGCGUACCAGCCAUACAAUCCGGAUGAGGAUGACAAGGAAGAUGACAAGCAGAUAUCAAAGAAGAAGUCUUUUAUGGAUCUUGACGACGAUGACGACCUUGCUGCCCGCGCCUCGGCCUUGAAGAUUAGUGGAGGCAGCAGCUCCAAAUCAGACGCAGACAAAAAGGCAGAUGAGGCAUUCCGCAAAGCCGCCGAAGCAGACGCUCAACGCGACAAGGAAGCUGCAGCAGCAAAGAAGGGAGGAUGGCUGUCUGGGUGGUUUAAGAAAGAUCCCAACGCCGGUCCCGGUCCCAUCAAGGCCAAGCUGGGAGAAGAGAGCAGUUUCUACUAUGACACAGAUCUUGGCAAGUGGGUAAACAAGAAGGGCGGCGCGGCAGACACGGGUAAGCCCGCUGCAACACCACCACCUCCACGUGCUGGACCUCCCGGCGGCGGAGCUCGAAGUGCCUCAGGUAGCGCCGCACCCACACCGCCUAUGGGUCCUCCCGGCGCAGGUGCACUGCGUCCACCUACUUCCAACCCCCGCUCGUCGUCGCUGCCGCCGCCAAUGGGUGUCGCAGGCUCCCGCGCUUCUACACCCGGCAUCCCAGAAUCCGACGAAGAGGGUUUCGCUGGACCCAAGCCACCUACGCUGGCUAGACCCAGCUUCGGUGCUGCAUCCGGACCGCCAUCACGGCCGGGCACUGGUAUGAGCAAUGCUAGUAGUAUUGACGAUUUGCUCGGCGCUCCGCAGGCGAGAAAGGGCCCCGCGGGUAAGAAGAAGAAGGGUGGACGCUACGUCGAUGUCAUGGCCAAGUAA